CAUUUGGGCUGAACAAUUUUAGUACACAAGCAUUAAAUUUGUAUAGGGCUUCGUUUCAGACAAGUUGUGGUAAGAUGGAAGCGCGUCGUCUUGAGCGCCGACGCCGCGACUCGGCCAAAAAUAUUGCUGCACCCAUGUUGCCGUCUUCGCAGGAUCAGGAUUUUCAUUUACGCCUAAUUGACUUGUACCGCCAACAUGCAUGCCUGUGGAAUACGUCGUUGAACGAGCAUCAGGAUACAAAGCUUAAGCGUGAGGCGUGGGAUGAUAUUGCCAGUAAGUUGGGCUCCCACCUAACCGCUUCCUUUGUACGCAGUCGGAUCAGUAGUUUACGGUACCGGCUCAAUGUUUAUAAGCUACAAAUGCUUGAGUAUAAGAUGAGCCCUUCUUAUGCCAAGAAGCCGGAGAAGCAUUAUUAUAUCGAUAAUUUCGACUUUCUGGAUACUGUCAUCCAUUCGCAGGAACAAAAGCAAAAGCGGCUGUCGGAAUGCGAUCGGCUAGAUGACGAUACGACAGAAUGGGCUCGCAAAUCCAAUUUAAGCAUUGCGAGCAUUUUCAAGCAACGUAUAAAACAGCAGGGGGAAAUGCCAAACGUUUUACAACGUCUGAGCAUCACCGAGCGCGGCAAGACAGCCAAUUUCAAUUUUAAUGACUAUUCAGAUCUAAGUAUUGCCAGUGUUGUCAAGAAGCGUAUGCAGCAACAACCACCACUCGACAGGCAGGCCAAAUCUGAAAAAAAUUCCAUAAUAGGCUUGCCUAAAUUCCGGGAAUCGCUUCUGAAUACUCGCCUACUUCUACAGCAGACGCAAAAAACUCGGAAGACAGCUCAUGAUAAGUCAGCCGGUGUAACUGAAAUGUCAACACAUAAAUCGCAUACAACAAGUCAUGAAAUCGAUGACAUGUUAAGGAAACGUAUGCAUCGACUGAGCCUUAUUGAACAGGACAAGGAUUCCCCUCUUGACAGCUUGGACGAUGCUUCGGAGUGUCGAGAUUCGCGAUUAAAUAUUCCCAGCGUUGUUAAAAAACGCAUGAGACAACAGUUUUCGCUUCGAACGCUGAACGGGUUGGACCUGGAGAGGAUCAGCUCAAAGAGUUUCUCUAACUUACCAGACUCGAUGCUUAACAUUCCGCAAGACUCAUCGGCGCUGCGAGCUCUGCCUGGCGACUCAGUAUCUAAAACAAAGAUGACCAAAUGUUCAAUUGAACCAAAGACAAUUGACUUGGAGGAAUCAAAAGAACAUUCCGACGAUGAUGAUCUUUAUCGUCUGCACUGGAGCGUGCGCCAGCAGAAGCGUUCACGUCGUCCCGCCGGGAUGGUACCCAGCCAAGAUUUCCGUUCGCAACCUUUACCUUUUCUUCUACUUGGCAAUCAUUCUAAACUCGAUACCAACAUGGAAUACGCACUUGAAGCAAAAUUAUAAGCAAACAAACUUCCCUGCCAUCCAUACCAACAUCACUAUUAUAAUAACAAGUGCCAGUACCAUCAUUAGCCGUAGUAUCGACCUUAGUAGCAAACGAUCAAUUUUAGACUCACACAUUGCAUUCAAAUUUCUUUAAUUUUCUUUUAUUUGGAAUCAGUUCGCAGACAACCCGUAUACUUAUCUGCUUCAAUAAUAAAUUGACUAUGCAUGAUUUAUAGCCAAUUUAAUUAUUAGACCCCGUACCUCAAAAA